UUGCAAAAAGAGACUUCGAGAGAGAGCGCGCUGCAGGAUAACUUCAUGCACCCAUCACGUUCACGCUAGAAAAAUUUCGAGUGUCUUGUGCCCUCCCUUAGGCCUAAACUGUUCUCUUCUCCGCCAGCUGAGCUGAGCUGAGCUGAGCUUCACCUCAAGACCGCAGUGCAUGUGUGUGUGUGGUAAUCAUGGCGACGAGCCUGCCAUGGCAUCCCCUAUUGUCUGCCUCGAAAUCUCACCUUUCUAUCCGACGACGGGCUCUCUCAACGCGUCAAGUGGUCACUGUGCAGGCCUUCCGCCGCAGCGAUUUCGACGGCUUCGCGAAGCGAGUAACCUCCGGUGAGGCCUGGAGAGAUGCUUGGCGGAGUGCUAACGAUGGAUUCGAGCAGUUCCUCUUCGAUGCCAAGAAGACGGCGGAGCGUCUCGAUCGUCAAUACUCUGUCUCUCGACGACUUAACGCCGUCAUGCAAUCUGCCACCGACCGGGCUCGCGAGAUCGACCGUGAGCUUGAAAUCGGACGGCGGUGGCGCUCCUUUACCCUCGAUUUCUCCAGGAAUUGGCCCAGGUAUAGGAGGCAGCUGAAUGAUUUUCUUGAUACUCCACUUGGAAGAAGUUUUGCUACGGUCUUCUUCCUUUGGUUUGCAUUAUCUGGAUGGCUUUUUCGAGUCUUGAUCUUUGCAACAUGGGUACUGCCAUUUGCUGCUCCCCUACUCAUUGGGACUGUUGCCAAUAACUUUGUAAUUGAGGGAGCUUGUCCAGCUUGCAAAAGACGUUUCAUGGGCUACAAGAACCAAGUAGUUCGCUGUGCAAGCUGUGGAAAUAUUGUGUGGCAACCGAAAGGUGACUUCUUCUCAGGUGGAAGUAAUAAUACCUCUUCAACCUCUGGACCUGACAUUAUUGAUGUCGAGUUUGAGGAGAAAUGAGAGACAUUUCUAAGUGCUGGUGAAUGGUGUGGCUGUGGCACUCGUUCCUCAAGCAACAUGAGAAGAGAAAAAGGAGAAAUGUAAGAGCCUGUGAGCUUAUUUGUUGUGAUUUCAGGAUUUUCUCAUCUACUGUAAAUGGAAAGUAGUAGUAGGAAUUAUUCAAUAUUUUGUUCUGUAUAUUGACUUUGUUAGUUUGUUUAGCUCAAGAAAGAAAGGAAAGAAAUGCAUGUCCAUUGGUCCGUUCAACUAAGAAACUACCUGUUUUUUAUUAGAAAAUUUCCUCUAAGAGUAUUUUUUG